AUGUCUGGCUACUAUGGUAGCCCAUUUGGUCGUCUAGAGCGCCCAGCUAAUCUAUCAGAAUCUGGGGAUAACCCAUACCAGCUGCCGCCACCUCCAGGAUCCAUAAAUGCGCAAUUUGGUUCGAAUGCAUUCCGACAACAGCGCCAUCAGGGAGAAAAUCCCGAGUCGGGAAGAGACACUCAAUCAUCUCAGAGGAUUGAAUUACUUCCUUCUGUCCGAUCUUUAUUGACACCCACUGGCGCGAGUUCAUCGCCGUCUUACCAUCAGCCAUAUAGAACCCCGACACCUAGCCAAGACCGUCGUGAGAAUGCUUUUUCGUAUCACCAACAGGAUCCCGGUCUCCCUUCCAAAAUUUCAGCUGUUGUGCAAGAUAGAGCCAAGCCCCGACCAGAAUCAUUUCCGCAGCGCCAAACUAGCGCACUUCCACCACUAUCGCAGGUGACCAUGCACAGUCCAGGAGACAUGAAGCAUCACACACCAAGUCGAAGCGAUCCCGCAGUAACAUUCCAGCAUGAUCGCAUCCCUUAUCAUGGGGCACCUUUUCAUGAAAAGGCUCUCGGUGAAGAAACUUCUUCUCCUGAUACCAAGGGAACCUCUGCACUUCCUCAUGUGAUAGAUGAGCGGUUUGUUGAGGGCGAGGGAGUCUGUUACGUCUAUGCGGAUGGCUCGCACGUUCCGAAAUCAAUUGACGGUGUCGCGGUCAAUGCGAAUUGGGGCAUCACUAAAGCAGGAAAGCCAAGAAAGCGACUUGCUCAAGCAUGCCUGACAUGUCGUGAGAAAAAGAUCAAAUGUCAACCAAACCUGCCCAAAUGUGAACAAUGUCAAAAAUCUGGUCGUGAAUGCCGGUUCGAGAGCGCCCCUCGUGGAAGCCGAUCGUUCCAAAGAGCUUCACAUCCACCCAUUGCUCCUACGGCUUCGGAUGCUUCCACUUCGAUCUAUAGCAUACCUCGAGUAUCGCAUAGUCCUACUUCACUCCCAGGGACUAGCGGUCACUCACCUCUUUCAGAAGGGCCAAUACAUACACCAUCUGCAGAAGCCGGACUUGAGGCUACGCCAGAUGCAGAGAGGACUUUCAAAGCACGGAUAUAUAGAGCUCCGCGUCUAUCCGAAGGCACUGAUAACAUAGUUGCGCGGACGCUAGAUCACACCGAGAACCGGCAACCCGAAUACGCAGAUAUUCUAGGAGAUAUCAGAGACACGAACCCUCACGACCCGCUUGCAGGCUCCUGGAACAUCGAUCCAUACGAAACAGAACCAGAAAACACUCUCCACUAUGUUGAAUCCUUCUUUUCUAGCGUCAAUGACGGCCUCUACUACAUCUUUCCCCACACACGAUUCAUUUUGUGGUUGAAAUCAUGCCGUACAAAGUCUGCCGAAGAUAAAAUGCUUAUUUACUCUAUGAUGUCCCUGGGUUCCAUCUUCUCCGACCGAUCAGAUCGAAUUGUGGCGUUGAAGCAAUAUUCACGAAUUGCACGCUUUGCCAUUCAGAGAAGUCAGCAUACGGUAUCUUUGCAGCUGGCUCAGAGCCAUCUGAUAAUGAGCCUCCUAUACUAUGCUACGGGCUUUUUAGUUGGUUCAUGGGAUUCAAUUGGCGCAGCAGGGCGAGCAGUCUGUGGACUUCGGUACAAUGUCGAGUCUGGAGGUGUAGUUGUAGAUCAGGCUCAAGCUUGUGACUAUGGAUUUCACCCACAUGCUCUGAUUGAAUGUCGUCGCCGAACUUACUGGGUCGCCUUUAUCUUGGAUCGAGUCUCAAGCUUCUUCUCCGCCUCCUCCACUUUCAUUUCAUCCGAGGCAGCUUUGAUCAGACUUCCAUGCCGAGAAGAUAUCUAUGAAGCGCAACAAUAUGCAACGGCACCAUUUUUCCAGUCCGUUCUUAACCAGGCGACUACCUCGCCCGAUGAGGAUUGUUCCACCCUCAGUCACAUGGCAUUUUUGAUCCAGAUCAUGUCAAUCUGGGGAGAUGUCUCCCUUCAUGUGUUCCGUUCAGCACAUGUUCCAUCCGAUGGCUACGCCCGACUCGCAGAGGAAUUUAAUACAACGACCACCCACCGAACAGAAGACUGGAAAACUCGAAUACCAGAACAUCUAACCUUUUCAGCCAUCAAUCUGGAACGAGCGAUACAGACAAAGAAAUCAAAUGCUUUUAUUUCAAUUCACAUGUUUUACCACGCCACUUUGAUGAAGCUGUACAGACAUGCACGAUACUCAAGUCUCCGGUCCGAGGUCUUGGUCCAAUACAUCCACCGAGCCCGCUUCCACGCCGUGGAGAUUUUGAGGAUCGCUCUUGCUUUUUUCCAAGCGAGCGAGAUACAGUAUUCCCGAAUCACAGCCGAAAAUCUCACUCCUACCACGAACAUGUUAAGCCCCUUCCUGGGCUACGUGAUUCUUUCAGCUGCUGACUUGCUCAGUGCUGCUGGCAUGCUAGUGGAACUACCCGACUGCAUUUCUACUAUCAGGGGUGCUCUCGGUAUGGUCCGUCUUCUCGGUCGUCACUGGGACAGUUCUCUGGUUUUAGUCAACACCAUACAAAGACGCCUAGAAGUAAUGGUCGAGUGUCUCAAUGAUCGCAGUCGCAUCCAAGAUAAGAUUGGAUUUGCUGUGGAUGGACCAUCUCUCGAGACGAAGAUCCACGAGGGUGCACCUUCCUCUCAUCCCCCGAGUGCUCUUGACGAAGAUCUGUUCUUCGGUUCAAUGCCGCGAGAGAUUCUCCUCCGGGCUAUGAAUAUCGAAGGUAUUGCUGUUUCAAAAAACAGCAUUGCUUGGAUGAGAGACCGUUAA